GAGUAACGUCAGCUGACGAGGAAAUCCGUUCAGAUCACGCUGGACCAAUGUGACGGCCAGAAAAGGAUGUGCAUCGAAAGCUUCCUCCCAGGAAGAGAAGAUUUUUCAAAUUCCCUCAGUCGAACGUUAUAGUUAAAGUUGCAGCCCUGUAGAAUUCAUCUAGACUAGACCUGGGGUGAUGUUGGAUGUUCUUCAGGCAGUUGCCAUAGUUAUAGCAACAGCCUCUUAAAGUGAUUCAGGUUUUCACUGGAGUCGAGAGCAGUGAAUGUAUGUCUUAAUACAAUAAAUGUUAUUGUUAGAGUAUAUUUGUUAUUAAAGCCCAAACACUUGUUACUGUGGGGGACGCUCCUGUGGCUGUGUUGUAAUUCCUGUGCUGUUGCUGUUAGCGCUUGGGGAGUAGGAGGAGGAGAUGACCUCUGCUGGGAGGUUCCAGGAGGUGCCAGUUUCUGUUUUUUUCUCUUUCUCUGUCUAGAUUAGAGAGGAGAAAACGUGCUGCCACCAGUCGCUCCAGCUUCUCCGGCUGCUCUGGAGACUCGGCCGAGGCGGCUUCUUACUGAUAGCAGAGGGGGUGAUUCAGAGCUUAGAAAACCAGCUCCAACUUCCCUGGAGACGUCUGGAAUUUUCUCUCUACUGAUUUCUUCCUGCUGAUACUUGGAGGACACCCGGUUGGUGGAUUUAUUUUGCCUUUCUGGAUAUGACACUUUGAGCCAUGCUGCUGAAGCUGCUGAAGCUGCUGUCGCUGCUGCUGCUCUGCCAGCAAGUCUCCCCACAAACACAGACUUCGCGUCCUGGUCAAUGUUCCAGCUAUCGGAGGCUGGAGGUGUACAACGACUGCACGUCCUGUGCUUUAUUGGCUGCUUCCAACUGCAGACACGGUUUCCGCAACAUAGGCAGCUUCAACUGCAGUUACGUGGUGAAGAUUGGUGGCAGAGAUACGAAACUGGAAGGAUGUCGGCAAAUCUGCAUGAAGACCUUUAUGCAGCCAAAGUGCUGCCCACAGUUCUGGGGGCCUCUGUGUCUGCCCUGUCCCAGCUGGUCAGAGAAGACCUGUAACUACCAUGGAACCUGCGUAGAUGGAGAUCUUGGCAAUGGGACGUGUGUCUGUGAGGACGGCUUUUCUGGAUUUGCCUGUCAGGAGUGCAAGAAUCCAAAUGCUUUUGGCGAAAAGUGUGAUAAAGAGUGUGACUGUGAGCAUGGCUUGUGUAAUAAAGGUCCAGAGGGUGAUGGACAGUGUUUUUGUCAACCACCGUACACUGGCAAGCGCUGCGAUAAAGUGAGCAGCCGAUGCAGUAACUGCAGCCCGUACUCGUACUGUAAAGGAGAGGGAGACGCUGCGUACUGUGACUGUUUACCUGGACACGCGAAGACGCUGCAGGGAAAAUGCGCAAGUGUUUGCCUAGCGAAGGACUGCGACCCCAAUGCCAUGUGCUCCAUGCAAGGCUCAAAGCCCAGCUGCGCCUGUAAGCCAGACUUCGAGGGUGACGGCAGGAUCUGCGUUCCCAAGAACCCCUGCUCUCAGAACAAUGGAGGAUGUCCCAUUAACUCCACUGUCUGUGUGUUUGAAGGGCCAAACAAGUCCAGCUGCAAGUGUAUGUACGGCAUGUCCCCCAUAGGUGGCAACCCUCAGGCUGGUUGUGAGCUGGUAUCGGCCUGCGCAGCAGACACGUGUGACCCCACAGCUGCCUGUCACACUGAGUUGGACGGACGCCCCAGGUGUUUGUGUGAGUCCGAUCAGAUUGGUGAUGGGUGGCGUUGCUAUGGUAACCUGAUGGCGCGAAUUCUAGAGCUGGACAGAAGUGGAAACCUGCGAGAAAAUCUGACUGGAGCCGUGUCUCUGUUCGAAAAAGGAUGUUCACGGCUGCUGAGCCACAAUGGGCCCUUCACUGCUUUCAUCCCCUUGUUGAAAACACCUCUGACUGGAGUUAAUGAGGAAGAAGUGUGUAAAAACCACCUGAUCCUGGGUCAGCACCUCUACAAGGAUCUGGAGGGUCGAGACUUCACGUUGUACGGAGGAGCCGAGCUCCGAGGCAAACACAACAAGAGAUUCAUCCUGAUGGACGACCCCAGCAAACUGUACAGCAUCCUGGAGGAAAACCUGCCUGCAGCCAACGGCAUCAUUCACAUCAUUGAUCAGCCGAUUGCAGCAACACUUUCUAAAAAGGCUCCUCGGGAUGAAAAGUUCGCUAAUUUGACAAUUAAAGAGAUUUUGACCAAGGACCCCAAGUACAAUCGCUUCUUGUCUCUGGUUGAUAACUGCCAGUCGCCCCCUCCUCUCGGGGGCCCAGGACCUCUGACCAUGUUCGUCCCCAGCAACGAGGCCGUGGACAGAUCCAGGGACGGCAGCAUCCUGUACAUGCUGAAAGAAGCCCAACAUAAGCUCCAGGAACUCCUCAAGCACCAUGUGUUCUCCCAGGCUGUGCUGACAGUUGACGAGUUGGUUGGUCUCCCUCAAAUCCAGACAACGGCCAAUCAGAUCAUCACCAUCACGGCAUCGGACGACGGUCAGAUCCUACUGGGGGAGAAGAGAGUCCGUCUAUUGAGCACUAACAUCAUGGCGUCUAAUGGAGUCAUACACGUGAUUGAUGGGCUGCUGUAUCCACCGUCCAUCCUCCCAAUCCUCCCUCAUCGCUGUGACGUUAUCGAGAGCAAGAUCACCCAGGGUCCGUGUGUUCACUGCAGUUACCUUUCUAGCACAAACUGUCCAGAAGGCAGCACUGACCUGACCCUUCAUCAGAUUGGCUGUGAAUACACAAUAUCGCCCCUGACUUCAACACUUGGUAAAGGAUGUGCAAAAUUCUGCAACUCCACCAAACAGACAGCAGAGUGUUGUAAAGGUUUCUAUGGCCCCGACUGUAAACCCUGUAUUGGAGGAUUUCAGAAUCCGUGCUACAACAAAGGAUCAUGCUUCGAUGGCAUUCGUGGCAAUGGCUCAUGCAGCUGUCAGUCAGGCUUCAAGGGCGUCGCCUGCCACAUCUGCUCAGAUCCAAAGAAGCAUGGAGACAACUGUGAUGAAGACUGUCGCUGCGUCUACGGAGUGUGUGAUAACCGACCCGGGAGCGGAGGUGUGUGUCGGAAAGGAUCGUGUCUGGAAGGAUACUCUGGAAAAUACUGUGACAAGAUGGCCAUGCCCUGCCAGUCUGAUGCCAUACAGGAGCACUGCCACAUCCAUGCGUACUGCGCAUAUCAGGACCAGUAUGUUAUGUGUGCGUGUAGAGAUGGGUAUGAGGGCGACGGCCACUCCUGCUCUCCCAUAAACCCCUGCCUGAAGAGCAACCGAGGAGGCUGUGACGCCAACGCAAACUGUGUCUAUGUGGGUCCAGGAAACGUGUCUUGCGAGUGUAUUGAGGGUUGGACAGGUGAUGGCAAAGUGUGUGUGGAGAUCAACAACUGUCAGCUGGAGAGUCGAGGAGGCUGCAGCCCCAAAGCCCACUGUAACCACAUCGGACCGGGUCAGAGUGAGUGUGAAUGUCAGCAAGGUUAUAUGGGAAACGGGAUUGUGUGUGACCUCAUCAACCCCUGCCUUAAAAAGAACGGUGGCUGCCAUGCACUGGCAAAGUGUAAAUCAACGGAUGAUGGCAAUCACACCUGCACCUGUUUAGAUGGCUACACUGGAGACGGAUUCCUCUGCUAUGGAUCAAUAAUGGAUGAGCUGAACAUGAUUGAUGACUUGUUUGUUUUCUACAGACUGAUCCGGAUGAGCAAUCUAUACGAAGACCUGAGCGGCAACAUCACAGUAUUAAUUCCACGAGAAGCUUUGUCCAACAUGAGUUUUGCUCAGAGCUCAUUCUGGUUCAGCCGACACCUCCUGCCUCACUUCCUGCGAGCCCACCUCCUGCAGGGAAUCUACUUAGUGGAAGAUUUUGACAAACUGGUUGGGAGCAGACUUCCUACUCUGAAUCCCCUCACAUCCUGGGAGAUCAGCAACAAUAGUGGGGUGAUUCAGAUUGGAAAUGCCUCCAUCCUCAAACCUAACUUGCCUGCAACCAAUGGCUACUUGCAUAUCAUAGACAAGAUUCUGUACCCAGCCCUUGAAGACCUUCCUCCUAAGCCCCCCAGCCUGAUGGCCUUCCUCAACUCUUCCUCCAACUUCACUCUUUUCCGACAGUAUGCUUUGAUGUACAACCUGUCGACUCUGAAUGACAAAUACACCCUCCUGCUGCCAACAGAUGAGGCAAUAAGGCAGCACCUGGACAGGACUAACUCCUCCAUCUUGGACGCUGACUUGGUGAUGUACCACAUAAUUGAGAAUGAGCUUCUCUAUCCUGACCACUUGACUGAUGGCAUGUUGAAAGGCACUCGGUUGGGUAAAGACUACCAGGUCCAGUUCCACCUAAAAGCCAACAACCAGACAUAUGUCAACGAAGUUCCUCUUGAUGGCCGUUUUACUGAAACACAGUAUGGAGUGGUCAUGGUCCUCCCACAGAUCCUUAAGGUUCAUCGUAACAGAUGCAGCAAACCGAUCAUCGUGCAAGCAGAUGGAAGGUGUACAGACUGUGAUGGGCCACCUCGAUGUCUCUUCUUCUACAAACCAAUCAGAAGUCAGUUUCCAGCCAAAAUGAGACCCAACUGUCACUACACGAAGCGGGUUGGAUACAGGAGAAAGUCUGUGCCCGGCUGUUCCAUCAAGUGUUUUCUGACCACCACGGAUGACUCCUGUUGCCCUGGUUACUACGGCCAUGAGUGCUUUAAGUGCCCUGGAGAUGUUGGGAACUGGUGCUCCAAUCAUGGAAAGUGUGAGGACGGUAACCACGGCAAUGGGGAGUGCCGUUGCUACGAGGGUUUCCAUGGCACUGCAUGUGAGGACUGUGAGCCAGGUCGAUAUGGAGUCAACUGCUCAUCCAAGUGUGGCUUCUGUGGCCACGGAAAGUGUGAGGAGGGUCUGAGAGGAAGUGGCAAGUGUUUGUGUUACAAAGGUUGGAAAGGAGCGUCCUGUUCUCUAGAGAUAAAGGACGAUGCGUGUGGAGGUGUGUGUGACGACAACGCCAACUGUAUCACAGGGCCACAAGGAUCAUCUGCUGCCUGUGUGUGUGCAGCAGGAUAUGAAGGCAACGGCACCUACUGCAAAGAGCUGGACUUGUGCAGCAGAUUUAACGGUGGAUGUUCGGAGUUUGCAGCCUGUGCUAAGGUUUCAGCAGGAGAGAGGACGUGCACAUGUAGAGAGGGCUACACUGGAGACGGGGUCGUGUGCCUAGAGAUUGAUGGGUGUCUGAUAAACAAUGGAGGCUGCCACAAGUGGGCAGACUGCAUCAGGACAGGCCCCAACACCACUGCCUGCGAUUGUAAGGUGGGCUUCGAAGGAUCAGGGAGGUACUGUUACCAUGUGAACCCCUGCAGAUACAGAAAUGGGGGCUGCGCUCGGGGAGCUCGAUGCGAGUACAUGGGCGACGGCCACAGGAACUGCUCCUGCUACAGGGGCUACAUCGGCGACGGCUUCGAAUGCAGAGGAAGCGUCCAAAAUGAGUUGGAACAGAGAGAGGAGAAUGGCUUUUAUCGACGUAUGCAAUCCCUUUCUGACAUUCAUCUUUAUAGGGAGGGAAACUAUACUGUCUUUGUCCCAGUAAUGGAAACCAACACAGUGCCUUCUUACAUAGAAUGGAGGAGAGCGGGUCGUCUCAGUGAUGUGGUACGUUAUCACGCUGUUGCCUGUGAGACUUUGACCUUAAGUGACCUCAAAACCACAGAGCGCGCGGUCUCCAUCUCAGGACACACCCUGCACUUCAGCCUGCAGCAGGGUUCAGUCUGGAUCAACAACAGGUCGAGGAUUGUGAAGAGCGAUUACACCACAACGAACGGAGUCAUUCACCACAUCGACACCAUGCUGACGCCCUAUGAGCUACACAGCAAGCCCAGUCUGCAGGCCGACAGGAUGAACUUCAGCUCAGCGGCUGUCUUUUAUGGCUACAGUCGCUUUUACAAUCUGAUCAAGGAUGCAGGGCUACUUCCUACGCUCCAGAUGCAAAUCAACCAGCCCUUCACUGUGUUCUUGCCGACCGACCAAGCCAUCAACUCCCUGCCAGUUGAAAGACAGCGCUUGCUCUCCAGCCCCGACCAACAAGACAAACUGGCUGCUACAUUGAAAGCUCACAUCAUACGCAGCAUGAGUAUGAUAGACAUCAGUCAGCUGGACAAAUCCUCCAAGUCCCGCAGCAUGCACGGCUCUACCAUCACCUUCAGCUGUGACAAGAACCUGCCGGGAGCCAUAGUGAUCAAUGAUAACGCAGCCAUGAUCGUGGAGCGCGGCCUUCGAUUCAGGGAGGGCGUGGCUCAUGGCAUCAACCACUUACUGGAGCCUCCUGGACUGGGAGCACACUGCGACAGCAUGGAGAACCAACCCGCCUCCAGCCCGUGUGGAGGAUGCCUGCACCCCCCGUCCUGUUUCUUUGGCCAUUUGGAUACGGGAAAAACAAAGCCUUGUAUUAAAGACAGCUACUCAGUGCGCCACCAUUAUCCUAGGUGGUAUUCCACGAUCGAUGAUCGUUUCAGCAGGACGGGCUGUCAAAGAGUGUGUCAGACUCACUCAUGGGUCCAGAAAUGCUGCAAAAACCACUACGGCAGAGACUGCAAAGUUUGUCCCGGAGGCGUGGAGGCCCCCUGUGGAAACCAUGGAUCCUGCAUGGACGGGCUGCAAGGCUCAGGAAACUGUAUCUGCAGGAAAGGUUUUGGAGGAAAAGCCUGUGAACGCUGUGAAACCGGUUAUUACGGCCUCAACUGCACAGCCUGCAGCUGUAUGAUGGGAAGGUGUGAUGCGGGCAUGGAUGGCACCGGGGAGUGUGUCUGUGAUCCAGGCUGGCAGGGCGACCGCUGCCAGACGGAAACAGCCUCGAUCCCAGAGGAAUGUCGGCAGUGCCAUGCUCAGGCUGACUGUGUGCCAGGUGUCGGCUGCCAGUGUAAACCCGGCUUUCAGGGGAACGGAACCUUCUGCAGUCCAGAACCACCUCCAGACCUCUGCUCUGAGUAUAACGGCGGCUGUGACCAGAACGCUGUGUGCAAUCAGACAAAACUCGUCGUGAACUGCACCUGUAACGCUGGUUACCAAGGUGAUGGCUUCAGCUGUGAGCCCGUCAACAGGUGUGUUGAAGAACCAAACGGUGGCUGCAGCGACUUUGCUUCGUGCAAGUUUACUGGUCCGAAUGAACGUGAGUGUGAGUGCCUGCCAGGCUAUGUGGGUAAUGGAGUCCAGUGUUUAGAGAAGUUGGUGCCUCCUGUCGAUCGCUGCUUGGAAGACAACGGAGGUUGUGACCCUGUGGCCUCCUGCAAAGACUUACACUACCAUGCCAACACAGCCGGAGUGUUCCACCUGCGCUCCCCACAGGGGAAGUACAAGAUGAACUUCAGCCAGGCUGAUGCUGCCUGCCAGGCCGAGGGCGCCACGCUGGUCACCUUUAAACAGCUGGGAGACGCACAGCAGUUGGGGAUGCAUCUUUGUGUGGCCGGCUGGAUGGAGGGGGGGAAGGUGGGAUACCCAACCCGCUUCCCCUCAGUCAGCUGUGGAGCCAACCAUGUGGGCCUGGUUAUCUACAAAGAACCGGUAGACCAGAGCAGCCAGUACGACGCCUACUGUUACAGGCUCAAAGAUGUUUCCUGUGAGUGUCCAGCUGAUUAUAUUGGAAAUGGAGACUACUGUAACGGUGUCCUGACGAACGUCCUUGCAACUUACAGUAACUUCUCCAUUUUUUAUAAGCUGUUGUUGGAUUAUAGUGGCUCGUCCUCGCAGGGGAAAGAACUCGUAGAAUAUCUGUCUCACAGGAAAAAUGAGGUCACGUUGUUUGUUCCUCACAAUGCCGGCUUCGCCCCAAACCAGACUCUGACUGGUAGAGACCUUGAGUAUCACAUUUCAGCCAAUCACAGCCGACGAGCCUUUAAGGACCUGAGACAGCAAGACGCCAUCACAUCAAGGCUUGGUUUCAACUUGUCCGUUACCCACGGCUACAAUGAGAGUUCGACACUGGUCAACAAGCGGCUCCUGUUGGAGUGGGACAUUCCUGCUGUAAAUGGGAUAAUUCAUAUUAUUGAGGGACCACUGACAGCGCCUCUCCCACCGAGCUUUCAUGAAAAAUCCAGAGGCAUCGUCCACUCCAGUGGCACGGCAGCAGCCAUCUUGGUGUCGGUGCUGUUGGCGUGUGUGUUGGCUGCACUCGGCUACUACGUCUUCAAACACAAGACUGAUGCUUUCCGUUUCCACUACUUCAAAAAUGAGGAUGGUGCAGCAAGUGUCAGUGCCAAACCCACAGUGGUCUCAAUACCCAAUCCUCUAUACAGUGGCUCCAGGGCCUUUGCCGAGACAUUUGGGGACACCAGUCAGGGGGGGGAACCAGAUGAACCUGAAGAACCUCCAGAGAUCCUGGACCUGCAGAACUGAAGCUCACCAUUUACAAUAGCUGUUAACCAAUAGCGCUUUCUCUUGUCAAUAUCCAAACAUGACAAAGUUAGUAAGUUAGUUCCAGUUACUUUACAAGCAUACACUAACCAAAUACUGUAAAUCUGUGAAAUGCGAAUGCACCAUUAUGAUGACUUUUGGCUUGGUUUCUUUUCUUUCUUUUUUUUGACUAACAUCAGAUACACAUAGUUACUACAUGUCAUCAUUUACAUGGACUUGAAUGAGAUGACAAUCUUGUUUUAUGAUUACAAGAUGUGAAAGUAUAGCACUUUUAGGAUAACAAAUAGACUAAAAGGUCUCUAAAACAAACUCACAUAAAUGGCAACAUUAUCAGCCUGCUCAAAUCAGGUUUUGUUUUCAAGUCCAAUAUUCCUGCUGCUUUGUGCAGGAACGUGGUUUGGUCUCUUCAUCUUUCUAUUAAGCUUAAUACAUCUUUAAGUUAAGCUCCUGAGCUGGGAACAUCUGGGAACUUUUAGCCAUUAUUUGUCAGUUCAAGAACAAAAAAAGCUUAACAUCCAGAACACAGACAGUCUAUCAACUGAAAUUGUGCAGAAGUAAAAGCUGCUGAGUCUCUGCUUUUGAGAAAACUGAAGGUAUUUCCUUAAAUGAAUAAAUAAAUGCUGAAUAUGGCUAAACCACCAAA